AUGCACAUGCACACAGACAACCCUCAGAUCUCACAGGGCUCUGAGGACAUGGGCUCUGACUCUGUGGGAGUGACACGAUCUGACAAGUGUUUAACAGGAUCACUCUGGCUGCUACAUGGAGGGCAAGGGCACAGUCAAGGGGAGACCAGGGAGGAGGCUCAUGCAGCAACAGCCACACCGUUGCUAGAGUGGAGGAUUACAAAUCUUGGCCAAUGUGCGAGCCUGCCGCGACCGGGCGGAGACCGGGGAGGGGGCGCCGGCCUAGCCCGCCCCCCGCCCCGGCCCGCCCCGGCCCGCCCCUCGACAGCCAUCCGAGUGACCUGCAUGGGCUCCUCCUGCAGGGUGUCCAACAAGGCCAAUGACGCAGCAUGGGUAGUGGAAGAGGGCUACUUCAACAGUGCUCUGUCGCUGGCUGACAAGGGGAGCCUGCCAGCUGGUGAGCACAAUUUCCCUUUCCAGUUCCUGCUUCCUGCCACAGCGCCCACGUCCUUUGAGGGCCCCUUUGGGAAGAUUGUGCACCAGGUGCGGGCCACCAUCGACACACCACGUUUUUCCAAGGAUCACCAGUGCAGCCGUGUGUUCUAUAUUUUGAGCCCCCUGAACCUGAACAGCAUCCCAGACAUUGAGCAACCCAACGUGGCCUCCACUACCAAGAAGUUCUCCUACAAGCUGGUGAAGACGGGCAGCGUGGUCCUCACUGCCAGCACUGACCUCCGUGGCUACGUGGUAGGGCAGGUGCUGCGGCUGCAGGCUGACAUUGAGAACCAUCAGAAAGUGUCCUACAAGGCCAAGCGCUGGGUCCAUGAUGUGCGGACUAUCGCAGAGGUAGAGGGUGCAGGUGUCAAGGCCUGGAGUCGGGCACAGUGGCAAGAGCAGAUCCUGGUGCCUGCCCUGCCCCAGUCAGCCCUGCCAGGCUGCAGCCUCAUCCACGUGGACUACUACCUGCAGGUCUCCCUGAAGGUGUCUGAAGCCACCGUGACCCUCCCUGUCUUCAUCGGCAAUAUCGCUGUGAACCACGCCCUGAUGAGCCCCUGGCCAGGCCCAGGGCUGCCUCCUGGGGCGCCAGUCCCCGUGGUGCCCUCGGCGCCGCCCCAGGAGGAGGCCGAGGCUGCAGCCAGCAGCCCCCGCUUCGCAGACAUAGUCUCCCUCUCCACGGAGAGCCACUCACAUGAGCAGCCGUUGCCUGCUGCCUUUGGCUCUGUGCCUGGUGCCCCUGAACCCCGUCCUCAGGAUGGCAGCCCUGCCCCCCACGCAUUGCCCCCUCCCUUGUGCAUCUCCACAGGUGCCACUGUCCCCUACUUUGCAGAGGGUUCUGGAGGGCCAGUGCCCACCACCAGUACCUUGAUCCUGCCCCCAGAGUACAGUUCGUGGGGCUAUCCCUAUGAGGCCCCGCCAUCCUAUGAGCAGAGCUGUGGUGGUGCAGAUCCCAGCCUGACACCCGGGAGCUGACCCUGUGCCACCUUCUCCGGGUGGGCUGACCUUUGCCCUGGGACCGGGCACCCAGGGCCUCGUGCCUUCUUCGCUCCCGGCCUGACCCGGCCCACUCAGGACCCGCUGCUGCCCAGCUGCUCCUUUCAGCCUCUGCCUAGGGACCAGCCUCUCCCCAGGGGCCUGGGGCCUGGAGAGAUGCCGUGUAAAUAAAGUGCUUCAUUUGUAGAGCUAGGCACAGGACAGCCUCUCGGGCACCCUCUUCUCGCCCGGUGCGCGGCAGCCUAGCCCUGGGGGCUGCUCCUGGGCAUGCACCCCCCUCCUGGUCCUGCUCGCCCUUCCUUCAGUCCUG